GUACGGGUCGGGGAGUGAUGGCUGCAAGAAGUAUAAAGGCAGGAGAAGUCAUCAUCGCUGUACCCAGGAACAUUCUGAUAUCGUGUCGAACCAUUCUGUCCUCCAGGCUAGGCACAGAGUUGAAAAAGUGGUCCAGUACUAGUCGUUUCACCUGCGCACAGGUACUGUCAUUGUUCCUCCUUUUAGAGAAAAACAAAGGAAAAUCCUCCUUCUGGCACCCUUACAUCAGAUCACUGCCCAACACCUUCACCACUCCAGUGUAUUUCACGGAAACAGAGCUCAACGCCUUAAGUCCUUCUCUCCAAGAAAAAGCAAGAGAUCUUAAGAAAGAGUUGCUCCACGCCUUCAAUGAUCUCGAGCCGUUUGUGUCGUCUUCUCUGCCCGAGUUGGACUCUACGUUCACGUUCGAUGCGUUCAGGUGGGCGUGGUCCGUUCUGAAGACGAGGACGCUGUACCAGGAGGACUGUCGGAGUCCGUACCUGUCCAACAGGGAGCCGCAGACCUCCACACUGGUGCCGAUGUUAGACCUCAUCAACCACUCUCCGUCUGCAAAGGCGAGGUUCGGUUAUAACGUGAACACCAGCUGCUAUGAGGUUCGCGUUCUGGAGCCGUACAGGAAACACGACCAAGUGUUCAUCUCGUACGGGUUUGAGGAGAACUCGGAGCUGAUGCUGAAGUUUGGCUUCUACGUUCCCAGAAAUCCCAAAGACUUCAUCAAGAUAAACUUGAGUGAAUUGUUAGAGUGUCUGCCACAGAUUAGUGAUGAAGACCGCAAGAACAAGGUGGACCUCCUGUUUGAGAGUGGAUUACUCAGCAAUCAAACUUGCAGCUGGAAUGGGAUCUCCUGGCAGGUGAUGUCGGUACUGCAGGUCCUAGCAACCAAUGGCAUCGACAAAAACAGCGUCCCUUCGAUAUUUCCAAACUCCAACCCGCUUUCAUGCCAAAACGCAGCGCUCUCUAGCGAAGAAUUGCAAGCAAUGCAAGCAGCUCGAACAUUGCUGGAGAGGCGGCUGGAAUCUUACGAAACCACAAUAGAGGAAGACGAAGCGUUACUGAGGGAGGUACAGAGCCCGUGUAUGGAGAUGGCGGUCGGCAGCAGGGCGGAGGAGAAACGGAUGCUGCGUAAUGCGUUAAACUUACUCCAGACAAAUCAAUAAAUCCACAUUA